CACAAGUCCACUCUGCCUCCCUCUCCUUCCUUCCUGCCAACCAGCACGUCCCCACCCACUCCUCAACAAGAUGGCGAACCCGCGCUCCGCCACGCACCUGUACAAGAUCCUCACCCCAUCAGAUUAUGCUGCCCUCCCUACCACGCCCUCCUCCUCGUGGACCGGAGCAAGCAUAGACCUGAGCGAUGGGUUCAUCCACCUGUCCACCUCUCGCCAGCUCGCAGGCACGUUGAGUCGCUUCUUCUCCACCGAACCGGAGGUGUGGAUCUGCGGUGUGGAGAGGCAACGAUUGGGGCCUGAAGAUGGGGAGUCACCGAGGUUGAGGUGGGAGGAAGCGGCGGGGACUGUCUUUGCGCAUGUUUAUGGGACUUUGAGCCCGGCGGAGGACUUUACGAUCAGACACAAGGUGGAGAGAGGUAGGGAUGGGGAGUGGGUACUGCCUGAGUUGACCUUCUAGCGAUGACGUGAACCAAAGCAUGGGGGAAUGAGUGGUGACGUGACCUGUAAUUGGAACGUAAUGCUACAACAUAUCACUUUGAGCGCCAUCC